AGAAUGUAAGACGACAGGUCCUAUCUGGGAAGGAAGAAUGUAUGAAUAAUAUUGAAGAAGAAUGUAAGAUGACAGGUCCUAUCUGGGAAGGAAGAAUGUAUGAAUAAUAUUAAAGAAGAAUGUAAGAUGACAGGUCCUAUCUGGGAAGGAAGAAUGUAUGAAUAAUAUUAAAGAAGAAUGUAAGAUGACAGGUCCUAUCUGGGAAGGAGAAUGUAACCAACGAAUAAUUAAAACAGGUGUAUGGGAGAGUAGGAGAAUAGUGGUUGGCCAACAAUCCUUACAUCUAGUGGAACAAGGAGAUCACGUGUUUGAUUCCAGUGUUACCUUCUCUUACAAUCAGGUUUCCCUUGAGGUGGGUAAAGUUUACAUCCCUCAUCCUGAUGCAUUCAAUGCUAACUCCGGGGAGGUAAAGAAGGAGGAGAACAAGGAGAUAAAGAAGGAGAAGGAAAAUGAGGAAAAGAAGGAGGAGAAGAAGGAGAAGGAAAAUGAGGAAAAGAAGAGAGAACAUGAGGAAAAGGGUUUGAGUUCUGGGCUUCUCAGGAACGGGUUGAAGGUUCAUGGAGUAAGAGAACUAGAAGACGACAUUCAUUGGUCUGGGUUUACCGGAGCAGUACUAGAACCAGUACUUGGACCAGGGCUAGAAUCGGGACUAGGUUUUGGGUCAGGUUGGGACGGGAAGUACUACACCCCGGAUGUGGAUGAAGUGUUUAAAGUUUCCUCCCCGGAUAUAAACAUUUCCGGAAGGAGUCAUCUUCUUUCUCCGGAUGAUCUUGGUUCCCGGAUACAGACCAAGUAUCGGUCUCCGGUGCGGAAUAUCCGGAGACUGGAGAUAUCUCGGAACCGUCCUGAUCCUACAGAGAGUUCUGGAACUGACUCUGACGAGGUGUUUGACCUGAAUACUCAAUCAGAGCAAGGUUCAAGAUCGGAGAAUAAUGAAACUAGAGGUUUUGAUAAAACAGAUUCUGGAAGGUUAAUCUACAAUACAAACUCUGUGGAGCAUAAAUCAAAUAUAGAUAAUUCAGAUCAUAAAUACUCUAUUCACCAGGAAGUACUUAUUAAUAAUACGAAUGAUACUAAAGAGAUCGAGAAAAAAUCUGAUUCAAAAGAACGAGACAGGAUUACUCCGAUAUCUGUAGCGGAAGGAUUGGAGAUAAAUAGAACUAGUUCUACUCUAGAGCAGUUCCGCUCUGCUUUCACUCCCAAUAAUUCCAGUAGUAGUAGUACAGCGCAGAUAGCCGGAGAUAUCAACGGUAGUGAUUUUAACACAACAUGGCAGGGUAGCGUACACCAGGAUACUAGUAGCCAAGGUAAGAACAUUUCUUCAGGGAAUAUCCUUAGAUUGUUAUUGGGCGAGACAGUAAAAGAAGAUUCUACAGUUUUGGAUUCAAAUCAGGAAGAAUUCAAAGUUUUGAAACCAAAUCAAGAAGAUUCUAGAGUUUUGGAAUCAAAUCAAGAAGAUUCUAGAGUUUUGGAAUCAGAUCAAGAAGAUUCUAAAGUUUUGAAACCAAAUCAAGAAGAUUCUAGAGUUUUGGAAUCAAAUCAAGAAGAAUCUAGAGUUUUGGAACCAAAUCAAGAAGAUUCUAGAAUUUCGGAAUCAAAUCAAGAAGAUUUUAGAGUUUUGAAACCAAAUCAAGAAGAUUCUAGAAUUUCGGAAUCAAAUCAAGAAGAUUCUAGAGUUUUGGAAUCAAAUCAAGAAGAUUCUAGAGUUUGGGAACAAGAACGCAAUGCAAGGAAUAAUUCAGAGGCAGAAACAAAAUAUAAAAUCAAAUCCGAGACCCUCGAUUCGUUUGUGGAAACAAAUUAUAAUCACAAUUCAAUUGUCAAAAUUGAGGACUCUGACAAAUCUGCAACGUGUAAUAGUGUCAAUAAAACAGUGAAGGUUGAAUCAGAUUCUUUCCAAGCAACUAAUAUUGAAGAAAUUCCGCAAUCGGAGACUGUAACACCUAACCUUGGAGCAGAAACCCUUAUAUUAGCAAGUGAACUUGACUCAGGGUAUGAAAGGAGCAAACCAACUUGUGAACCUGACUCCGGGUAUGAAAGAAGCAAAUCAUCUAGUGAACUUGGCUCCGGAUAUGAAAGAAGCAAACCAACUAAUGAACUUGGCUCCGGGUAUGAAAAGAGCAAAUCAACUAGUGAAACGGACUCCGGGUAUAAAAAGAGCAAACCAACUAGUGAACCUGACUCCGGAGAUGAAAGGAGCAAACCAGCUAGUGAAGCUGACUCCGGAGAUGAAAGGAGAACCCCAACUAGUGAACUUGGCUCCAGGUAUGAAAGGAGCAAACCAACUAGCGAACCUGAAUCCGGACUUGAAAGGAGCAAGCGAACUAGUGAACCUGAAUCCGGACUUGAAAGGAGCGAGCCAACUAGUGAAACCGACAUAAGGAAGGGAAAAUACGGAGACUCCACUAUACUUAGCUCUACAAGUGAUGCACGAAGCAGUGAUGACUUGACUACCAAAGAUGAAUCUAGAGAUGCUCUUUUGUCUCCUUUCUUCCAACUUGAUCCGUUUCAGGAGGAAACCAGCUUUGAAGGGUACCUGGAGAACCAAGACACCUGUGAUAAAGUUGUUCAUAUUGGUUUCCCUACUGGAGAUUUGAUCCCUGGAGAUAAAGAACGUCUUCUGAAUCCUAUUGCAGAAGAAGAGAUUAUAGAUAAAGAUGAGAGUAACAUCUCUCUUGACGUCCUGGAGACAGAUACUAAAGAAGCCAACAUUUAUUUAAUCUUUCAAGAGCAACUUAAUCUUACUGGUUCAGAUCCCCAGUCUCCAGGUCAUGUACCUACCACGGAGAACAUUGAGAUUGAUUCCCAGUCUUCAGGUUUUGCAGUUACUACGGAGAGCACUGAGAUUAACCCCCAGUCUCCAGGUCCUGGAGUUACCAAGGAUAAUAAUGAGAUUGAUCUCCAGUCUCCAGGUUCUAUAUGUACCACGGAGAAUACUGAGAGGGACUCCUUGAACUCUGCUGAAUAUCUCCGUCCUAUUGAAGUAACAAAACCUUCCGAUCCAGGAUUAGAGACAAGCAACGAUAAAGAUGGGUCCGGGAUCAAAGUAAACCUGAAGAAGAAAGUAAGUUUCAAGGAGGAGGUUCGGGUUGAAUUUACAGACGUUCUUGAUCAGCAGUCUGCAGCUGGUUCUGAUCCUUCUGCAGUCCCAGAGUCUAGUCCGGAGAAGGUUGAAGCUGAUAUCAAGAAUCUUGCUAGACGAGGGAAUCCGUCCUAUGUCAGUUUCAAAACAAAGGAAGAGUAUGAGAAGAAUUUACAUGAAGCUGAAAUCAAUAUUACGGAGACGAAACCAGAUAAACUCUCCAGGUUUAAAUCCUUCUUCUCCAAGGACGGAAAGGACCAGGAGAAGACGGAGAAGGAGGAUAAGACGGAGAAGGAAGAAAAGACGGAGAAAACUAAGAUCUGGAAAAGAUUCUCGUUCAGCGGAGCGGAUAUUAGGACAAAACCUGAACCUGAUUUUAGAUCCUCUGCGACCAGUUUAAACAUGAAGGAGAACAAACUUUGGAGAAGAUUCUCAGGAAACUUUUCAUCCUUUACUCCAACAACAGGUUCAAUGCAGGAUACACAACAGGAGAUAAAAGGAGAGAUGGAGCAGGUGGAAACAGGGGAGAUGGAGCAGGUGGGAAGAGGAGACAUGCAGCAGGUGGAAACAAGAGAAAUGGGAGCGUUGGAAACAGGAGAGAUGGAGCAGGUGAAAACAGGAUACAUGCAGCAGGUGGAAACAGGAGAAAUAAAGGAGGUGGGAACAGGGGAGAUGCAGCAGGUGGAAACAGAAGAAAUGCAACAGUUGGAAACAGGAGAGAUGAAGAAGGUGGGAACAGUAGAGAUGCAGCAAGUGGAAACAGCAGAAGGGGAAGAGAUCGAAAUAAGUGAGGAUAUGAAGAAGGUUCAAAACGAAUGUCUAGAGAAGGUUAUGGAGAAGAUGGUACACGAAUUAAAUAACGAGAAGGAUCAACAAGGAGACAUGGAGAAGGUUAAAGAAAGGGAUAUUGGGAAGAUUCAAGAAGAAGGUAUAGAGAAGAUUCAAGAAGAAUAUAUGGAGAAAAAUCAAGAAGGUAACAUGGACAAGGUUCAAGAAGAAGAAAUAGAUAAGGUUCAAGAAAAAAAUAUGGAGAAGGUUCAAGAAAGAGAUAUGGAGAAGGUUCAAAAAGAAAAUAUAGAAGGGGCUCAAGAAGGAGAUACAGAGAAGGUUCAAGAAGGGGAUAUAAAGGAAAUCCAAAAAGGAGAUAUAGAUAAGGUUCAAGAAAAAUAUAUAAAGGAAAUCCCAAACAGAGAUAUAGAGAAGGUUCAAGAGGACCAAGAAGAAGAUAUGAAGAGAGUUAACGAAGAAGAUAUAGAGAACGUUCAAGAGGAACAAGAAGAAGAUAUGAAGAGGGUUAAAGAAGAAGAUAUAGAGAAGAGAGUUAACGAAGAAGAUAUAGAGAACGUUCAAGAGGAACAAGAAGAAGAUAUGAAGAGGGUUAAAGAAGAAGAUAUAGAGAAGGUUCAAGAAAAACAUAUAAAGAACAUCCAAGAAGGAGAUAUAGAGAAGGUUCAAGAAAAAGAUAUAAAGAACAUCCAAGAAGGAGAUAUAGAGAAGGUUCAAGAAAAAGAUAAAAAGAACAUCCAAGAAGGAGAUAUAGAGAAGGUUCAAGAAGAAGACAUAAAGAACAUCCAAGAAGGAGAUAUAGAGAAGGUUCAAAUGGACCAAGAAGUAGAUAUGAAGAAGGGUAAAGAAGAAGAUAUAGAGAAGGUUCAAGAAGAAGAUAUAGAAAAGGUUCAAGAAGGAGAUAUAGAGAAGGUUCAAGAAGAAGACACAAAGAAAAUCCAAGAAGGAGAUAUAGAGAAGAUUCAAGAAGAAGAUAUAGAAAAGGUUCAAGAAGCAGAUAUAGAGAAGGUUCAAGAAGAAGAUAUAGAAAAGGUUCAAGACGGAGAUAUAGAGAAGGUUCAAGAAGAAGACAUAAAGAAAAUCCAAGAAGGAGAUAUAGAGAAGGUUCAAGAAGGAGAUAUAGAAAAGGUUCAAAAAGAAGAUAUAGAAAAGGUUCAAAAAGGAGAUAUAGAGAAGGUUCAAGAAGAAGACAUAAAGAAAAUCCAAGAAGGAGAUAUAGAGAAAAUAGAGAAGGUUCAGGAAGAAGAUAUAAAGAACAUCCAAGAAGGAGAUAUAGAGAAGGUUCAAGAAGGAGAUAUAGAAAAGGUUGAACAAGAAGAUAUAGAAACUAUCCAAGGAGAAAAUCUGGGAAAGGUCCAAAAUACAAAAAAGAUCCAUAAAGUAGCUUCGGAAAAAGCUCCAAAAGAAAAUCUUCAAAAUCUUCAAAAAAGCAGCAGAAGCUGUCUUGAAUUAGAACAGAUGAAGUGCGUCCAAGGAAAAGAAAAUGCUCCCGAAAAAAAAGCUACAAAUAUAUUAACUCAGGAACAAGAAUUAUCUGUUCAUGCGGAAAAUCUCGCAACGAAUAUCUACGCAACUUCUGCGCAUCCACAGAUUCACGCAACUUCAGCGUCAGGCACGUGUCAAGAAAUCAGUGGACCGUUGGGUUCAUGUAAUCUAAAGAAUAAAGAGGAAGAUGUUGAAACGGAGGGGAAUAUGAUAAAAAGGGAAAAACCAGAAUCAUUGACAUUGUUAAUCACGAUAAAAGAUUCAAAAGUGAGAAGCAGCAAAAAUGAACAACAGGAUGAAAACCAGAAACAGGAAGAAAUGAAUGGCAUCUUGAUAAGAAAUCUUGAUUCGAUCCAAUUAAAUAACUCAAACCAUAAUCCUGAAUUUGUCAAGGAUCUUCAAGAAACUUCUUUUGAACAUAAUCCAAAAGAAGUAUUGGAGAAUAUUACAAUAACUCAGGAAAUAUCUGAAGGAAAAACUAAUAUAGCUAUUAUGAACUUUGAAGAACCACCAGAAGAUCAUAAUAAAAUAAACAUAAAUCAGGAAGCACUGGAAGAAAAUCUUGAUGGAAUUAUUAUAAAUCAGGGAACACUAAACAAUGAUUGUCAUGUUAUCAAUAUAAAUCAGGAAAUUGUGAAAGAAGAUCAUGAUGGAACUGAUAUGAAACAGGAAACACUGAAAGCGGAUCAUAGUGUAUUCAAUCCAAAUCAGGAAUUACUGAAAAAAGAUCAUGCUGAAAUCACUAGAAAUCAGAAAACACUGGAAGAAAAUAAAACAACUAAAAUUCAGGAAUCACUAAAAGCAGAUCAAGAUGAAUUUGACAUCUUUGAGGAACAAACACCAAAAGAGUCUAAAAAACUGGAUAAUACCGUACAAAUUACUAAUGAUAAUAAUUCUAUAAAAGUAAAAGGAGAAUCCAGGAAUGUUCGAGGUGAAAGUGAUGAUUUCUUUGAUUGUCUUGAAGAUCAACUUGAAGAUCAAAUUGAAGAUCAUCUUGAAGAUCAACUUGAAUAUCAACUUGAAGAUCAAUUUGAAGAUCAUCUUGAAGAUCAUCCUGAAGAUCAUCUUGAAGAUCAUCUUAAAGAUCAACAUAAAGAUCAACUUGAAGAUCAUCUUAAAGUUCAACUUGCAGAUCAUCUUAAAGAUCAACAUGAAGAUCAACUUACAGAUCAACUUAAAGAUCAACUUGAAGUUCAACUUGAAGAUCAACAUAAAGAUCAACUUGAAGAUCAUCUUAAAGAUCUACUUACAGAUCAACCUACAGAUCUACCUUCAUAUCAACUUUCAUAUCAACUUACAAAUCAAGUUACACAUCAACUUGAAGAUCAGACAUAUCUUGGUAAAGAUCAGGAAGUCAAAUCGAGAUCUAGUUCAAAUCAAAGAGAUCACAUAAAAUUCCUAGAAACUAAAUCAGAAUCAAAUUCAAAUCAGGAAAAUGCGGAAAUAAAUGAAAGAGAAUCAAAUUCAGGAUUUGAGCCGGGGUUUUACGGGUAUCAGAAAACUGAAUCAGGAUAUCAACUAAAUCAAGAACUCCAAUGUGAAACAAAAUCACAAUCUAUGAAUCAUCAUAAGGAAAUACGAUCAAGUUCCAGCUCAAAUAAGGAAGUCCUGACAGACGAUCUCACUGCUUUAUCAGCUGAAAAUUAUAAAGUAGACCCAGUUGAUAACAUCCUAGAAUAUGAGAAAGGUGAAUGUGCUACCUUUCUUUGUUUUGAAACUUUGGAAUCUGAAACCAUGAAACAUUCUGACAAUCUUGAAAAGGUUGACAAAGAAAAUGCAGAAAAUAAUCAAAGAUUCAACGAUAAAGAAGAUGAAAAUGCUGUUGACAAAACCAAACUCAAAGAGGAAUUCUUGGAUUUAGACAAUAUCAAAAAUAUGAAGGAAAAUGUAUUUUCUAGAGAAGAACAGAAUCCAAAAGAAGAAUCGGAAAGAGACAAAAAUGAAAAUAUUUCUGAGGAAGCCAAAGACAAGUUUUCUGAAUAUUCGGAAGUUGUAGAAAAUCUACAAAAUCUUCUCUACAGAGAAGACAAGGAAGAUAAGUACCAAAGAAGAAAAGAACAAAAUAACAAGAGCAAAGAAGAAUUUAAAAAUAAUGAGGAAAAGAAUCAAAACGGAGAAAUAAUAAAUGACAACCCAGGAAAACAAGUUUCUGUUGAAUCAGAAGAUGUCGAAGAAAAUGUCGAAAGAGUUAAAGAUUUAAGCGCUGUGAUCGACAGAAAGAGAAUUCGCGACAAUUCUUCAAACAUCAAUUUAGUGGCUGUUUCUGAACAGCAACGGUUCCAGAAUCCUUCUCCAACCCUGAGUAAGAAGGAGGAGGUCGAGGAUAGUAUUGCUCCGGGUCCUGAAGAAACUGAGAGCGAGGAGGAAGAUUGGAAUAGUUCAGAAGACGACCUUGAACACGCAUACAACACAGAAACCGGGUGUAUUUCAGUUUCUCCGAAGAGUAGCAAACAAAACAUUGAUGAGAAUAUAAAAGAGAAAGGAAACCCAAAUGACAUUGAGAGAAUUCCAAUUCGUCCUAAUGAAAAGAAAGUGAAUACCCAUGGUUCUUUAUAUCCCACCCAACCCAGAGCAAGUUUAACAACCUCUGAAAGUGAGAUGGAUGAGAAUAUAGAAAUAAAACAGAUGAAACGAAUAAAAAGAUUUAAAGUUCCAUCAAUUCUGAAAACAAUUAGAAGACAAUCCAACCCGGGGGAUGUACCGGACGGAUUUAACGUAGAACACAAGGAAAAGGAGAAAAAGAAACAGAAACUAUUGCCAAAUCUAAAUACCAGUUAUUUCAAGAGGUUUCGGAGAAAGACGACCACAGAUAUUCCUGUUAUUGCUCAACCAAUAGAAAUAAAACCUGAUAACUCUCGCCUAACAUAUUUGAGAAAAGAACCAGAAAUAGGAAUUUCAAAUAGAAUGGAAGCAGAAACUAUAAAAGUAACGAUCAGAGAGAGAGAUAAACAAACUGAAAUAAGACUGAGAUCAGUAAAGGAAAAGUUACCAGGAUCAAUUGCUGUAAGAAGAACUCAAUCAUUAUCAGAUGCAACCGUCCGCCCAACUUCAUUCAAACCUAAAUCUAUGAGUUCCAAGUUUGCAACCUUGGGACGAGAGUCCAGCAAGACAAUAUCCAAUAGAUUCUCAUGGUUGGGGAGUACAGGGAGUGCAUUUAGUACAGGGAGUACAGGGAGUACUACUAGGAGUAGUGGGAGUACAGGAAGGAAAGGAAGUACAGGAAGUAUUGGACAGGAUUAUGAAAAUAUACGUUAUAAAGUCGGACAAUCAAGUUUCUAUAUAUUUUCAGAUCCAGGUUCAAUCCUCUCUCUGGAUACUGUCAGUUUGAACCCCAACGGUGCAAGACGAACAAGUUUAAACUCCAUAACAGCGUCUGAGCUGAGCAGUGAAACUCUCCGAGAUCACGGCAAAAAUACCAUCAGUUUAACUAGCAAAGAAUACCCAAAGUGCUCUGAGAGUGAGACUGAUUACUUCUCCGUAGAGAGCGGAUCUGAAAGAGAUAACCCUGAACCUGAUCUUGACUCCGAUCCUGAAACUGAGUUUGAAGAUUUCCUUGAGUUUAAUGAGAACCAUGAGCAUCAAUCCUUAGAGUUGUCUGAGGAAAGUGAUUCAGAUCGUCUUGAUUCUCCGUGUACAGUUAUAUCAGAGGAACAUCGUGAUAUAAAUCUGGGAAAAAGUGAAGAAAAUGAAUUAUGUGAAAAACUAUCUGUUAACUCUAACACUAGUGAUGAUAACAUUGAGAGUUUAGAUACGGAUCCUGUUUAUAUUCAUAUACAACCCAAGCUUCAGGACUCUGUUAUUGAACCCUGUGAAAAAUAUACAGACAGUGAUAGUUUAGAAACUCCAACCGUAUACAGCAAGGAGUAUGAUGAUGUAUUUGAAGAUGAGUUAACAAAGCUUUCAAAUACUUCCAGUGACACCAUUGAAUAUACCAGUGAUGUAGUUAUAGAGCAGUUAGGGACACAGACUGAUGCUGAAGAUAAACAUAUUGAGAACAUAAAUUCAUAUUCAGUAGAGUCCAAUCAAAUUACUUCAAAGCGCAGAGAGGUUGAAUGUGAAUCUGAGACCGAGAGAAUAAAAUCUGAAUUUGAAAUCCCAUUUAGAAAUAGGUCUGAAACUGAGAUCCAGCUCAGAUCGGGAUCAGAUUCUAAUAUCCCGGACAUAUCAGGAGCUAAAGCUGACAUCUCGGACGGUUCAGGACCUGAAUCUGAUAUCCCGAACAUUUCAGGAGCUAAAGCUGACAUCCCGGACGGAUCAGGACCUGAUUCUAAUAUCCCGGACAUAUCAGGACCUGAAUCUGAUAUCCCGGACAGAUCAGGAUCAGAAAGUGAUAUCCCUGACAGACCAGAAUCUGAAACUGAUGCCCUGUACGGAUCAGGACCUGAAUCUGAUAUACCAGACAUAUUAGGAGCUGAAGCUGACAUCCAGGACAGAUUAAGAUCUGAAUCUGUUAUCCCGGACAUAUUGGAAUCUGAAGCUGAAAUCCCAGACGAUUCAGGGCCUGAAACUGAUAUCCCGAACGGAUCUGAAUCUGAUAUCCCGGAAGGAUCUGGAUCUGAAUCUGAUAUCCCGGACGGAUCAGGACUGAGCACGAUGCUUGGAAAGAAGAAAAGGUUCUCCGUGUCUAAUGAAAGCUUGAACGGAGAUGUUGUGAGUAUUGAUCCUAAUCAUUCAUCAGAUACUUUACACUCCAGAUUAUCAAUCUCACAUCCAAACCUUUACUCCGGAGAAGAGCUUAAACCCAACCUUAAGACGAAGAGGAAGAGUAUAAAAAAUCCCUUGAAGAAACUAAAGAAUAUAUUCCGAUCUACUCCUAAACUAACAGAAACCUCUGUAUAUGAAGAAGCUGGUUUACAAAACAACUAUAACCAGAAUCCGAUAUAUAUUGCAAGUCCUGAGGAGGAACUCCAAGAGGUUACAGGGUUCCCUGGUAGAGAGGAUAGAGGAGUCAGAACCAACCUUGGAGAUACUUCAUCCCAAUACAAUCCAGGCGCUCUGACAGAUUCAGAUCUUGUAUCCUGGAACUGGAGUACACACGCUGGUUCUGAACCUGGAGAUGCAGUACAGGUGUGCGAGGAGGAGACACAGGUUGGAGAAUCAUUGAUUAAUCAUCAAUUCAAGGCGAUGAAUAUCCGUCCUAUCCUGGAGACUCGUCCUCAAACCAACCUAGAGGACGAAACCAGUCAUGUUGAGGGGGACAGGGCCGACUUUAUAGGACUGGAAGUAAGCAGAACGGAGGAGGAGGUGGAUGAGGGGAGAAUAUUAUCGGAGAUAGAGAGCAGGGAGGAGAAGGAUGAAAGCAGGACGGAGAAGGAUGAGAACAAGCCUGAAGAGGAUGAAAGUAUGAAUUAUAUGGUUCCAAUAGACUCCAAAUACUCGGUAUCUUCCUCAGGAAACCAUUCAUUGGAGACAAAACCUGAGAACUCUGGAGCAAAACCUGGGAACUCUGAAGCAAAACCUGACGUUAUUUCUUCUAAAGAAAGUAAAGAUCAACCUGAACUCGAACCUGAAGCCAGAGAUUCUGUCAAGGAGUUUGAGGAACUGGAGAAGGAGGUGUCGGAGCAGGAGAGAAGAGACUCUGUUAUUGAAACCAUCGAUUCUCCGAGAUCUGAACCCGACUCCGAACCUAGUUCUAGGAACAAAGCCUCUAAGGGUAAGCUGGAGAAACCUACAGAAGAGCCAGUUAUCGCUGGUCCCAUGGAUGUUGCGCUCUCCUUUAAUUCUGCGUGGAAAAGACGAUAUAUCACCGUGGUCGGAGACGGUUUGUAUAUCUGGACCAACCAUAGAUCCAAGACUCCCACGGCUCGUCUUAAACUUCGAGGGUUGAUUGUGAACCAGGAGAAGGGAGGGACGGAUUCAGAGAAACCCGUUCUAUUUCUCUCUAAGAAAGGACGGAUAAAGCUGGUUAUGAGAGCAGAUUCAGUUCCAGAAUUUCAGGGUUGGUUUAGUACCCUCUCCUCCACCCUGGAUACACUACAGGAAAGUUCCGGAGAAUCUCCGGAGAAAAGUCUGGAAGGAUUGAAAGGUUCUAAACUAACUCCGGGUCCAGGUUCUACAAAGGUUAAGUCCGAUGAUAUUAAGGCUCCAGGGAAUGCAGAGAAUAAUACUGAGGAAAGAUCAAGAUCAAGACCAGUUAAAAAACCUAUUCCGACACCCAGAUCCCGGAGUAAGACACCCUCCAGAGAGAAUCAAGAGAGUCCAAAGUUAAGCCUUAAAUCCACCAAUGACGUGUCCUCAGGUUCAUCCAGCUUCCAUGACAACCUGGAGACAAAUGACAAGGUUCAAGUAUCCGGUCCUCGAGAUGGGACGGAUCUCGAGGUUGAAUCCUCAGGUGGAGAUAGUUACGAGAAAGAUCGUCUUUGGGACGAAAAAUCUGCCAUGGAGUCUGUUCGUUCUCUUAGUCAGGUAUUGAGCUCUAUAAGCCAAGAAGAAAAAACAAGUCUCAAAAUUUCGACAUUUGAGGCAAAAAUGGAUUUCGAGGAUGAGGACGAUUUUCCUUCUCCGGGAGGGAAGGCUCUAUUAAGCCUGGAGCAGAGUGAGGAUAGUUUGGAGCUAGGAAAAGUAACCUGGUCUUCCCUCAGCCAAACUAAAUCUAAAACUAAAGAGACAAUCUCAAACCAGGGAUCGGUGUUGAAUGACGGAGAGGUUUCAGCUCAAGGUCAGAGAAUAGACAGAGAAGAUAAGGAAGUGAAGAUAUCUGCGUCUGAAUCCAAGCUAAGGGAGAGUAAGGAAACUAUGAGAGGGGUUGAAGAGAACAAGAGUAAGGUCCCCUGGGGCACCAAGUUUAUUGAAGAAAGCAGUGAGAUCAGUUUUCAGGAUUCUUUAGAUGAGGUUGUUGAGACCCGUAGUUGUGAGAAGAUUGAUUAUUAUGAUUCUGACGAAGAACAUGAGAAUGAAGAUGAUGAAGGAUCUAACAGUACUGAUGAGAGCUCUCUGGAAGUAUCGAUCAAAGAGAAGUUUACUCCAGCAGAUCUUGUCAUGGACACUAUUGUUGAGGUGAGCGAGGAAUGUGAUACCAACGACGAAAUAGACGAUUUAUCCUUCCAUGAUCAUUUUGUGAAGAAGAAAGUAGUGAAGCCUGUAAUACUGCAUGAUACGGAUGAUUUUGCGAUAGAUUUAAACAAUAUUGAUGGAGAAGAGAAACAAGACGAACCAGUAAUUAUUACUCCGGUAUCGGAGAAGAAAUAUAUUCCGAACCCAAUUGCAAAACCUCCACGUCAAGGCGAGCUUGGAAUAAAAUCUGAACCUGGUUCAGGGUUCCAGACUCAUGGUUUAAUGUCCGAUAUAAACUCUCAGGGGUUUGAUUUCCCAGAGAUUGAGAGUUUUGACCAGAAAGAUCUGACCCGGGAAAAACUGAAGGAAAACAACAAAAUAAAUACUUUCGAACAAGUUAAACAAGAAAUUAGAAAUAAAGCGAAUGAUAAAAACAGGUUGGAAGCAAUCUAUAAACUUGAGGAGAAAGAAACCUUGAUUACCAAACAACUUUUAUCCAGUGAGUAUACAGGGUUUACAACUUUAUCCGAUACUCAACUUCAAAACAAGAAUAAGGAAAUUACAGAUGGGAAGCCGGAAGUAAAAGAAAAUAUAGAAAAGAAAACGGAAGUAAAAAACAAUACUACAGAGCAAGCUAGCAAAAUUGAAAACGUUGGAACCAGGACUAAAGAGUACAGAGAAAAAAUAGUAAAACUUGGAGACAAAAAUGUAGAAUUUGGAGAUCGAAACGGGGGUUUUCCAAAGACUGACCUCGACAAAAAAGCCAACUCAAGUGAAAAUAGUACGAAAACCAAAGAGAUAAAAGCUGGUCUUGCAGACAAGAAUAAAAAUUCGAAAGACAAGAAUUUUGUGUUACUGCAAAACAAGAAUAAAGAAGCAAGAGGCAAGAAUGUUUUAUCAGAACCGAAAUCUGUACUCUACGGAGACACAAGAGCAAUUAUCGGAGAACAAGAUCUAGUCCGGAGAAAUAUCUCCGUCGGGGACGAGGGUAGCUCCUCCGACGAAGGUAUUGGGAUCCAGGACUCAUUAAAAACCACAGAGGAGGAAAUACAAAAUAAACUUAAUGCAAGGAGAGAAAGUAAAAUCUACGGCAAAGAUCUGACAAUUAAAAAAGAAACUGUCCUCAGUGAUCUGACACUGUCUGAAACUGUCCUCAGUGACCGGAUUUACACCAAAAAUGAGCCAAAAAUUUCCAAAAAAGGCGGCGAACCAAAUAAUCUAAAGAUUAAUAUAAAACAAAAUGUUACGGAGAAAAGGGAUCAGAGCCCAGUUUAUUACACAGCUGAACCUAAGCUUGAGGUAUCCGGGUAUAGUGUGAAGACGAUGGCAAGGUUCUGGGAGGAAUAUAGGAAACAGGUUCAAGAAGAGGAGGAGAGAUUAGCUAACUCAGUCAUUAAGAAAAAGUGGAAUAGCAUGCCAAACCUGAAAAAGACGGAAACACGACGAUUGCCGGAAGUUCCGAAACCUAGAGAAGAUUUCCGUUCUCUUGAACCUGAGAUACCGGAAAAGCGGGUUAAAUCUAGUCUCGGAGAUUAUGAAGAUAUUGAACUCUGUCGCUCUGUUUCCAUCAAGGAUCGGAAGAAAAUGUUUGAACAUUUGACAAAGAAAUCAAAUCUUGAAAAAGGAAGAAAUUGGCGAUCAAUGCCAGCCCUGGAUAAACAAAACAACCACCCGGAGAACAGAGUUCAAGCCUACCCGGAGAACAGAGUUCAAGGCUACCCGGAGAAAUCAAGAAAAAUGAACAAUCCUUCGUAUUCCAGGACACAUGGAGCUAAAUCUCCAACCCGUCCUGCUAGCACUUCUCCCUACAGCUCUAGUCAAGACUAUAGUAGGACCAGGAGUUCUCCAGUUCGUCCUGCCACUGUGACAGCUUACUACGAAGAUCGGGAAGAUGAAAGAAGAACGAGUUCCACAACCUACUCCAGAGAAUCUAGUUUUAUGAAAGUUGAAUCCUCGGUUCGUCCUGUCAACUCCAGUAUUGGCCAGGAUAGAGAAGACCCAUAUACCAGACGGAGCAAGGAUAUGUAUCUUCGUCCUGGGAGCAGUUCGUCUCAUCAGGGAGGAUACAGACGCCCUCCCUCCCCUGCUUACAGAAGUUACGAGAUGUCAGAUGAGGAUUCAGAUCUUCCUUCUCCGUCCUCAGUCUAUUCUUCUUCCUCUACUCCAUCCGUAGUUCAAGGUAGAAGAGUUCGGUAUGAUGAUCUCAGUCCCGGAGAUAUUCUGUUCACGGAGCAAGGACAGAGAUCCAACCGGAGUAAUAUCUCCGGAGAUGAAGAGGACAGUGGACUCUAUAUCCUAGAGAACGGAGCAGAGUUUAGUCUAACCCCUCUCAACAAGCGCAAAUAUGCAUUCGAACCCUACUCCGGGUCCAGGUCAGGCACCAGGGAUCACAGGAGGACCCAGAGUAGGCUGAAUCGACAGGAGGAGCCAGGAAGAGAGGAUUUGAAAGGAUUAGUGUAUAGUAGAGGGGUCGGAGCUGUUAAAUCUCCAGUAGAGGUUAAUAUCCUCCCUGGACCGGUCAACUAUGUGAGAAGCAGUCAGGUUCCUUAUAUAGAGGAGGAGAAAUCUAUUCUGGAGAAUAUCAACAUUGUUAGAUCUGCUAAACAAAGAUUUCUCAACUAAACUGUAUUUGUAGAUAUCGGGCAUUAGAUGUUUAUUAAAUGUUGAAAGUUAAACACUAUGAACAUGAAGUUCAAUGUUUAUUUAUAAGUGUGCAGAAGUAAUUUCAGUUAAAUAAAUGAUCUGUUUAUA